AUGAACGGCUCACCAUUAGCGAAUCCCCCCACGACGACAACAGGUCGAACUACGAGUCCAGUGGUUCAGCCACAGACACGGACCCAAAUAACGACACAGACACAAUUGCCCAGCCAAUCCACUCAUCACUACCCCUCAUUGGGCUAUUUCAAACGACCAGGGGUGACGAUUCUUGUCACUUCGCUGUUCUUUUUCUACCUCGGCUACGGUGUGUUGCAGCUGACAGGACCUGAUGCAUUUCUCAUUGCUGUGUGUCGACGCACCCUUAACGAUGGCAGUCUCACGGAAUACGCCUCUGCGUGCCAAACGGACGCAAUCCACACCAAAGUUGCGACCAUGGGAGGACGACUACGAACUGCAGGAUCCUUGGUAGGGUUGCUGGUCAAAAUUCACAUCUACAAGCUCUCAGACCGCUACGGACGCAAGCCGGUCAUCGUCAUGUCAAUGGUGGCAGUUCUGUUCGCCUACUUGCUCCAAUGGGGGUUCGUCACUUACGCUCUGUCGGUGCCUCUGUUCCUAUGGAUCAUCCCCAACAUUGUCUUCUGCACCCACUUUCUCAUGGAUUUCUUUCUCAUCUACCUUGCUGACGCAGCCUCUGCCAGUAAAGGGAAGCGCAGCCUGCAGGAGCUGGCUACCGAUGUCUCCUUCUUCUACGCCUUCAUUCUGUUUCUGGGCGCACUGAUUGGCCCCAUGCUAGCCAACACCGUGGUUGCAACCAACGCCGCCGGAUCGUCGUUUGCUGAAAUGAGCAAGCUGGGACUAAUGCUUGUCUUUGCUGGUGUGUGCUGUGUCGUUGUGAUCCUUCCUGAAUCAACGACGCUCGAAUCGCGGGACAGAGCUACUGUGAAGUGGGAUGCGGAGUGGAGCGUCUUGAAAUGGGACGAGCGACUCAUCUACGUGUUCAAUUUUGUGGCACCAAUCUCGAAAGUGCUUCGUCUGGCUCCUUCUCCACAGGAUAAACGGAAGAACUCCUUCCUGCUGGCCUACCUGGCUCUCUUUGGUCUGUAUGGAACAUCUCAGUACACUGGUUUUCUGUUCUACAAACGCCAAUGGAACUGGGGCAUGCAGGAGAUUACCAUUCUCAACGUGGAAGUUACAAUCAUUCUAAUUGUGUCCCAAAUCUUCCUAGGACCUCUGUUUGUCAACACGGCGGAAAAAUUGCUGAAUAACACCACUUCUUCCACUCCUGUGGCUAUCCUUGGAUGCAAGCUUCAGGCAGUUCUGACUUUUGUGGUUGGCUUUUUUCAGCUGUUGUUUGCAUCUCAGACCAUCGGAACACUGGCUGCCAUUCUCUCAGGUCUUUCGGGUACCUUCAUCUCGUCCACCAUUGCUCUUCAGAUGGGUCUUGGACCGCCCGAGAACAUGUCUGUUAUCAUGGGAGGUAUUGGUGUAGCGCGGAGUCUGGUGGCUGUUCCCAGUGAGAUGAUUUUGGCGGUACUGUUUGUGACCACUAUCUCCGCACCCAGAAUUUACCAGGCUGCCCUUAUGGCUGUCGAUGCUGUCAGUUUGGUUCUGCUUGGUGCUGCGUCCAGAGAAAAUACCGGCAGUAUUAUGUUGCCAUAG